CUCAUCACCCUGAACUAGUUCCCCACUGACUGGUAUGUUUUGACUGCGGAGCGAAGAACCCUAGCUGGGCAAGCAUAACAUACGGAGUUUUUCUCUGUAUUGAUUGUUCGGGGACCCAUCGAUCACUUGGUGUUCAUUUGAGUUUCAUUCGAUCUACAGAACUGGAUUCCAAUUGGUCUUGGUUUCAGCUGAGAUGCAUGCAAGUUGGAGGAAAUGCAAAUGCUUCUGCUUUCUUCCAUCAACAUGGAUGCACAACAAAUGAUACCAAUGCAAAGUAUAACAGUCGUGGUGCUCAGCUUUACAAGGAAAAGAUUAAAUCUCUUGCAACACAAGCAACAAGAAAGUAUGGUACUGAUUUAUGGACAGAUGGAUGUGGAAUGCCACCUGUGUCACCUCAAAACAAGGAGGAAGACUUCUUUGCAUCCCAUGUUUCUCCCAAGGCAAAGAAUACAGAGUGGGUGUUAUCAGAACCAGAGCCAGUUUCUCUACAGCAGAAAACUUCAGGAAAUAUUCCAGAAUGCUGUGAAGGACCAGAACAUGGACCGAGUGUUGAUUGCCUUAGUACAUCACCAAAAACUGCGUUAGAGAACACCACCUUCAUAAAAAAGAAGCCAAAUCAAGCAAAGAAGGGGCUCGGUGCCAAAAAAGGUGGUUUGGGGGCACAAAAAGUGAGCAGCCAGAGCUUUAAUGAGAUUGAGAAACAAGCACAAGCUGUAGAUAAAAUGAAGGAACAAGAGGAUCUUCAUAGCAGGAAGAAAAUUGAGAAGGAAGAGCCACUUGUAUCAUCUUUACGGUUGGCCUACAGAGAUCUUGAUAUUAAAACAAAAGAAGAAAACUUAAAUCUAUCUAGUAAGAAGAAAAAUGAAUUGGAGAGACUUGGCAUGGGGUUUGGCAACAACAGAAGCUGCGUUUCUCACUCGGUCAUCUCAGAUAUGCAAACAAUAGAGCAGGAAACACCUGUGAUUGCAAAGCCGAAGAAAAAGUACACUGAUGAUGUAGAAGACUCAUAUUUCUCUUCUAGUUCAAGGUACUAUGAUUCUUCAGAUUUGAGGAGCAGCACUUUCUCUAAAUGGGAUGACAAUACAGAUUCUUUUUGGAAGAAAGAAAAUAACAGUAGAGAUGUUGAUGUAAUGUUAACUUCAAAAAGUACAGGAUUUUCAGACAGGCCUACAUCUCGUCGUAAGCCUGAAUAUGAACCAUCUUUAAACACAGAUGAGGCACAAAAAAAAUUUGGCAAUGUAAAAGCAAUUUCAUCAGACAUGUAUUUUGGAAGGCAAGAUCAUGCUGAUUAUGAAGCAAGGGCUCGACUAGAGAGACUUUCUGGAAGCUCCUCUAUAAGUUCAGCUGACUUGUUUGAAGAUCAGAAAAAACAACCAGCAGGAAGCUACAACAUUACAAAUGUCUUGCCUUCAGCUCCUGAUAUAGCUCAGUUUAAACAAGGAGUGAAAUCAGUGGCUGGAAAACUUUCUGUACUUGCUAAUGGGGUCAUGACAUCUAUACAGGAUCGAUAUGGUUCAUAACAUCUUUUGUAUCAGCGUAAUCAAGUUCAUUAAAGAAGGAUUUCCCUUCAGCUAUACAAGUAAUCACACUGCUGAUUCGAAUGAAGGUUGCCUUAAGACUGUUGAUGUUUUUACUUGUUCCAGCAUAUUAGUUUCCUCGUGCAGCUUUCUGGCUCAGCCUCUUCCUGCUGCUAUUUCAUCUUUACAGAGCAGAAAUCUUGUAGCAACUUGUUACAUCUACCUAUGCCCCCCCCCCCCCCCCCCCCUUUACAGUCUUAUAUUUCUUAGCAACCUUAACGUUAGAAGCUUUAUUUUAUUACUGGUUUUGGCUGUGAGGCAGGAAAGAGAAAGAAGGGUGAACAUGUACAUCGGAAGUGAGGCUUCCUAAUAGAAACCUCAGUGCAGCUGUAUCCUUACUCGCACUUGUCUUCAGACUGUCUUAUGAGCUGUGGAGAAGAAAAUGUAAAUUAAGCAUAUGCUGAGGUGGUAUUUAGUGGACUGUAGCAAAAGAUAGAAUUAAGUUAAACCUGUGCUUACCAGGAAGUAGAAGCUCUUGCAGGCAUAAAUUGAUGUGCAUUAAAAUGAUGGGGAAUUAGUGUUUUAAAACAAUAUUCCUGCUAGAAAAUUGUACGCUUAGAUGUGAGGUAUGGAGAAGACAAGACACAUAGUAUAUUGGAUAGGAGAUUUCAUCCUGUCGUGGGAACACUAUUUAUUCCUAGUUCUGAAAGUUACAAAAAACUGCAAUAUAGAAUCCUUAAGUGCUUUUUAAAAAUCUGUAUUGUGUACAAAUUGAAAAAAAUUAAAAUAUAUAAAGGGCCUAAUAGAGUAGUUAGUUAAAUACUUGUUAAAAAUAUUUAGAACGAUCUUAGUUUUUUGAUAAAUUAUGAAAUAUUGAAUGAGGAAAUAGUGGGGCUGUGUUUUAGACAGUCUAGAAUUUCUUGCUGAUGCCAUCCUGUAUAAAAAUGAUUAUGACCUUAAAGAAAAAAACCUCACAACUCAGAAUGAGCUCAAGCUAAUUCCGUUCUGUAACUUUAUUUCUUAAUUCCAAUUUGUAAACUGCUGAUAUCUAAUAAAAACAGUUGAUAUAAACUCAUUUUUUAAUUAAAUUUCUACGUGCAGACACCAGUCUCCAGCUUUCUAAAUACUGCCAUCUGUAUUCUGUCUAUACAGUGGUCUGGUAAAAUUAAUCUUUAGUUUCAAUUAGUGGAACUGGCUUUCUUACUAAAUUGCUACAGUGAUUUAGAAAUUGAAACACUAACGCUGGGGUAGAAAAUAAGUUACUGUCUUGAAAUACUGUGUUGAAAUACAGUCAACAGUAUAGCUGUAUUUGUGGUUUAAUUUCUAGCUGCUUCUUACAUCUAACUCUUGGUUCUGGUAACUUUCUCUUGUGGCUGUUGCAUUUAGAUUAUAAUCCAAAAAUUAUCUUUCUUUUUUGAGAGUAGUACAAGAUAAGCAUUUGUUCUGCUUAACCGUAGAGCUUUACUAUAAAAGACUCGCUUUGUUUUCUCCUUUGCCACCCUGUAGAGAUAAUUUUGCUAAUGUAACAAGAAAAUGUACUGGUCAGGGCUUGCUUUGGUUUUCUCUAAUUACAGGUAACGAUCCUCAGUUUUCAAGCUACCCUUUCAGUUAAGUCUACACACAGUAAUAAAUUUUAUUACAAGUAAUAAGUGGUGUGAUUUUCAGAGUUGCGAUACACCAACAGCAUCCAGUGACUUGCAGAAGACCUGCUCCUCUGAUAACCAGGCUGCAUAUUUAGACAUUUGUGUGUGGCUGCAGUUGCUUCAAUUGCGACAGUGAAGCAUAACAAAAUGUAAUUCUGUCCCUUCCCAUGGUUUCUCAGACGUAAAGAUGUAUGUGAGAUCACCUCCACUGAAAUAAUUGUGUGCACUUUUUAUGCAUCGUUGUGAUACAGAGAACCACUCACAGAUGGAAAAAUAUGAAAAAUUAGUAUUAUUUUCAGUACAAAAUAAGAAAAAAUUCUAGGAGGGGCAAGGAAACAACUGUGAGGUUAUCUUAAUUGCCAUAAAACAUGUGCAGCUCUAACAGAUGUAUAAACCUUAUCCUCUUUGCUGCAAUCUGAAGAUUACACCACAACGCUGUCUUACUGGUGAACGAUAAUUCAGUAUUUUCAGGAAUAUUGUGCAGUUCGACGUAAAUUGGAUUUGUUGUUGCAGAUUCUCUAUGGCAACCUGUGUACUGCUCAUAUGUUCUCUUGACGCAAUGUCUGGAUGAAUAGCUCUUGACCCGCAGUACACCUAUUUCUGUCUUUAAUAAACCCAUGAGCUGUCACUGCGUUUCAUCAGCUAGAGGUGGGGAGGGGUUGCCAUGUACACUGGAAGAGCCAGCUUUAGCUCCUCUAGUCUC